AUGGCUUAUACUUCGCAAAGCUCGUUUUUCGUGUUCUUUGCCUUGUUAUUAUGUGCCAUUACAGUAUCAUCUGAUGAUGAAUCCUAUGCCAAAAUCCUCAUAAAGUUCAAGAGCUCUCUCUCCAACGCCACCAUGCUGAAUAACUGGAUUGAACCAGUGGAGAAAUUGUGCAAUGGCUACACCCCUAAAUGGACAGGGUUAGUUUGUGAUAAUGGUACAUUUACAGGUAUAAAGCUUGAAAACAUGGGGCUAGAAGGUACAGUCGACGUCGAUUCACUGGCAGAAUUGCCAUUGCUGAGCCUAAGUUUGAUGAACAAUAACUUCUCAGGGCCAUUUCCUUAUAAUGAUAUAAGGAAACUUGGGAAGUUAAGAACUUUGUAUUUGGCUAAUAACAGCUUCAAUGGUGAUAUUCCAGAUGAUACUUUUUCUGGGAUGAAGGCUAUGAGGAAAAUUGUGUUGGCAUUUACUGAACACACUGGUCCUAUACCAUCUUCACUUAGUAGCCACAACGCAAGCUCGUUUGCAGCAACUCUUCAAGUAUCGAAAUCUUAUGCUGCACAUGCAAAUGAAAUGGGGAUCCGCUUACAAAAGAGCUAUUAG